UGAUAUAUCCUCACUAACUAGGAAAUUGAAUACCGCAAAUUCAAGUGUUUUAAGUUGGAAAUUGUUUCUUAAAUUAAUGAAUAUUGGUAUCAAGGAAGUUAACAAACACUGAAGAAACCAUGUUGUUCGAUGAUUCGGCAAUGCAUCUUUCAGUGACAUCUGUUAAUUCAUCAAACCUGAACCUUUUGGAAGCUAACGGUGCUGCUAAAUUCCUACCACCAUCAAUUGUAGAUGAAGCUCAAUUAAAUCUGGUUGUUGAAGAUACAGACACUAAUGCUGAUGAUGUGUCCUUGAAUUGUACUGAUCCUACGAUUAUUGUGGAAGUGAACCCUAUAACAAUUGAACCAGUUACAGAAACGAAUGAAUCGAAUUGCAUCAACUUUGAUUUUGGAGAAAUGCUCAUCACAAUCGAUACUCAAAAUCAAGAAUUUUCCGAUUGUACCAUUGAAAUAGAUUCAACCCAAACAGAAUCUGAGCUCAUCACAUCAGUUACACACACUUAGAUAAUAUCACCGAGUACGGUAAAAUGAAUUACCGAGAUUUCAACAGCUGAUAUAUAAAUAUAUAUGAUCAAAAUACCGAGAUUCUGUAAAAUCAACAAUUGACAACUUGUCAAACUUCAACGAGAUUCUCGGUAAUAUUUUACCAGGACUCGGAAAUUUCGACUGU